CGCGGGCGGUCUGCAGGGCGAUCCGCUGCACCGCGGCACACAUGGACAAAUACGGCCCGAAAUUCAGCAAAGUCCUGCUGACUCCAGAUCCUCAUUACAUCCCAGGAUAUACGGGGUAUUGCCCGCAGCUGAAAUACAGUUUUGCCAAGUCUUACGGGAGGCUGACAGGUGAGCUGCUGACCAGUCCUGAGGUGAAACACUCCUGCAGCCUGGUCCUCCACAGCGGUCAGCUGCCCUUCACACACACCGACGCUGAUCUGACCCUGAGCGGCAUCCCUGACAGUAACCUGAAGAGGGUGAUACCUGGAUACACAGGUUUCAUCCCAAAAAGCAGGAACUUCUUUGGAUGCAACUACUAUGAAACCUUUCGCAAAGCGCAGUGCGAGUCGUACCAGGAACAGCAGGAGAGACGCCGGCGGCGGGCGUCCAGCUUGCCAGGUGUGGGCGGCUUCAACUCUCAACAAGUUGAGAGGCCUAAACCUCCUCUGGUAUCGAUCUCAGACGACGUGUUCACCUACAAACCCCUAAAGUCUUUCGCCCCGCUUGGAAAACCAUAUGCAAUGGAAGAUGAAAACCCUCAUAAGUACUUCAUCUCAGGAUUCACGGGGCACGUGCCAAAAGCUCGUUUCCUGAUUGGCAAAGGUUACCCCGUCACCACCAACGAGGCACUGAUCCGGUUUCGCAAGCAGCAGAGUUAUCUCACCGAUCCGGACUGGAGGAACAGGCCGUCGUCGUCAUCCAUGCCCUCCAUCCACCCAUCCAACAGGAGCUUGGCGCCGUCAUUCACAGGACUCAGCUCUGGUCUGGAUAAAAACACAUUGUUCACUGAAAGAUCCUCAUGA